GCAGACGAGCUUGGGGCCUUACUGAGAGGAAUGAGACUGCAGCAGAGGGGAGAGGAGAGGGAGAGCUGCCUACUGCAGCCUGCCUGCCACACAGAGCCAGAGAGAGAUGACUACUACUAUUAUCACAUGUUAUUUUCCCCCGCUCAGCUACCCGUUGAUUUGUGUAUGAAAACCUAGCGCUUUUCUUUUACUCCUGCAUGCUUGCCCCCCUUCUGGGUUUCUGCUUUUUGAGUGAUCAGCUGAUGAAGAGGCUAGCUGCUCGCCGCUAUGCUGGCUUGCUAAUUCUCUCCACUCCAGCUGCAGCCGCAGCCCAUCCAGCUACAACCCAUUCUGAUCCACAGAGUCAGACUGCAGACUGCAGACAGGUAAAUAUUUGUCCUUCCUUCUUUCAUUGUUUUCCUUCAUUCUCCCUCGCUUCCUCUCUUUAUUCUGAGAAUAGGAUUCAGCCAGGCUGCAUCGCACAGAGGAGACAGGAGAGAGAGAGAGAGAGCGUGUGUGUGUGUGAGUGAGUGAGUGAGUGUCUGUCUGUCUAAGUGUGUGCGGUGUCUGUGAGCGGGAGAGGAAGUGAGUGUGUAGGUGUGAGCUGUAACAGAUGAGGGGGUAUCGUUUGGCAGUCGAGGAGGGGAAGGAAGAGGCAGGUUUGUUUGGUGAUGAUGGCACAAGCAUGGAGCAACACACACACACACACACACAGGUGUGUUUAGCUGUUUUAUCUGUCUCUCAGGAUUACUCUGUAACCCAUUGCAUUCCACUGUAGCCCUGUAGAGAAGGCUUUAUAAAGAUAACCUUAAAGCUGACCGAUUAUCCUCAUGAUGCCGUUUGUUGUCCUUUUUACUGUUCUUGUUGCGUUCGAUCAUUCUGUUUUUAUUCAUGCUUUUCUCGCUUUUACUGUGUGUGUGCGCGUGUGUAUUAGUGUACGUGUGUGUAAGUGUACAUGCAUAUUCCACUGUCGGAAUGUCAUACAGAUCUUUUGUCAUUGAUGAUGACGGUUAGGCCACUUUCGACAUGGUCCCCAAGGGUUUGUGUGUCUGUGCCUGUGGCGAGAGGGAGGGGGUUGACUGAUCGUAUGUGCAUUCAUAAGCACAAACGACAUGUCUGUAUGAAUAUACAGUUACAUGCGCUUUCAUCUCUGUUUCCUUGUAGAUAUUCACAUUCUAAUACAAUAUAAUAUGACGUGGGUGUGCACUAUCAUGGCUGCAUUUCUGUAUGAUUCAUACAUCAAUAUUCCGUUCAGAUUGGAGUGCAUUCCUCACUCUCUGCUGAAUGUGAACACAUUCACACCCUCUUUCUCUCUGUCUGUCUGUCUCUUUCCCCCUUUCCCCCUUUCCCCCUUUCCCCCUUUCCGUCUCUCUCUCUCUCUCUCUCUCUCUCUCUCUCUCUCUCUCUUCUCUUUCUCUUUCUCUUUCUCUUUCUUCCAGCCUGGACAAGUAAUGCUGCAUGCAUACAUCUAAGCUUUAAUUGCCUUUGUGUAAAAUACAGCAGUUGCUUGCUGCAGACAUUUGCAGCUAUGAGAGAUGAAAAUAAGAUACAGACACCAUCAUGGUGCAUUUCCACUGAGAAUUUACCCCAGUGUUUUGCCUCAGACUUUAGUGUUUCCACCUGCUUUGACUUGGGGCCAAGGCAAGGCCUCUGGGGCUUAUCGGGCAGCAUUUACAUAACAAUGGCUAACUGCGAACAUGGAUUUACACCUUCCACGGUUAAUACCUUCUCACAAAGCAACUGACCUGUAUUUUUUAGGCACUAAAGUACUUCCAUAUAUACUUCCAUAAAAAUGUUUAACGGGUACUGGGCUGCCUUCAGACGAGGCUUGUGGGUGUCCUAGAGCAAAACAACCGACAUGUACGUUACAGACAGAAGUUAGAAGAUUGGCGGUAACGACUUGUGAGGGUCCUAUCUUUCCAUAGAGGGGUCAUAUUAGUUUUGUAGGCCAAACCGUUCGGAGGCUACAGACAUUUCAGUGAGAAGACGGAUUUCUCCUGGUAUGAUAAACACAGAAGGGGAACAGCACAUGCAAAAAAAAAAACAUAUCUCUAGCGUAAACAGAUGGAUUUCUAUGGGGAUUUUUUUAUGAUGCCAAUUUGAUUUCUGUGGGGUGCAGACAUCGACUCUAGGUUAAUGAAUAAUUGAUAGUGAAAUCAAUAAUAUAUGCACAUUUAGUUAAUUCUUUGAAGUAGUUUUUGGAAGAGGCUGUUGAAUGGUUUUUCAAGGUCAAACUUUGUCUGGACUGUCUAAGAGAGGAGAUCAAUUGAACAGCUAUUUAAGAACCACUAAGCUGUCAGGAGUGUAGCUGACAGGAGUUACAGGGGUCAAAUCACUGUCAAGAGCACAGUUGUUUCUUAUCCCAUCCCCAAACUCAUUUACAAAUCCCUCUUUGGGAUUUACAUUUUAUUGGGCCAAUCUUUCUCCUCUUGAAUAAGAAGAGAACUUGUACAAUGAACUGACACACACUGAUUAGUGUGUGUGUAAAUUCUCUCGCCACUCAAAUAUUUGUUAAUGUACUGUAUCUUCCAGGCGGCAGGUAGCCUAGCGGUGGGCGGCAGGUAGCCUAGCGCUUAAGAGUGUUGGGCCAGUAACCGGAGGGUUGCUGGUUCAAAUCCCAGAGCCGGCAAUGUGGAGAAAUCUGCUGUUCUACGCUUGAGCAAGGCAAUUAACCCCCAACAAGAACUGCUCCCCGGGCACUGAUGACAUCGAUUAAGGCAACCCCCUGCACCUGUCUGAUUCAGAGGGGUUGGGUUAAAUGUGGAAGAACAUUUCAGUUGAAUGCAUUCAUUUGAGCACCUGACUAGGUAUCCCCUUUCCCUCUUCCAGCAGCUUGUGCAUUCCUAUAUCCAUCCUUUGUUUUCUGUGGUUCCCAGGAAGAGUAGAUGUUGCUUAAGUAACAGCUAAUUGAGAUCCAAAUAAACAAACAAAUCCUCUCCUUCUUCAUCCUCUUCUUCCUCCUCCUCGACCACCCCCCAUGUGGAGGAGAACGGGGCCUUGGAGGACAUGGAGGAGGACAUAAGCCUAAAGAAACGGAAAGGUGAUCACCACGGCGACAAAGACUCUGAGUCGCGAGACUCCGGCCAGGAGGCUGGAGGUGAAAAGGUCAAGAAACGGAGAGGUAGACCUCCGGCGGAGAAACUGCCCCCCAACCCUCCCGAGCUCACCAAGCAGCUUAACACACUGGUGGACAUGGCUAUCAACUACAAAGACGGGUGAGAUUACCAGGGAGAAUUGGGGGCGCUGUGGUAAUUAUGUAUUAAUGGAUAAUGCAAUUAUAUCCACACAGUAUUAAUUAACUACUAAUUAGCGAUGUGUAGAUAUGAAGUGCCAUGGUGUUUGAUGUCAGACCAUGCAGGGAAUGGUUAGACAUGAAUUACUUAUAUUUUGUGCCUCUAUUUCACAGUUUGAGCAUUUGUUUUCUUUCAAAAUCUUUAGCUGCACUUGAUUAGACUUGACUGGAACAAUGGAACUAAAUCUGGCCAAUCUGCCACUCCAGGGAUGCUCAAUCAAAUGCUGAAAGUAUUUGAAACAAAACAAAUACUAUUGUUGGUCGGUAACAGUGCCUGUGCAUAAUAAUUCCAGGUUGGGCCGUCAGAUCAGCAAAGGCUUCGUCCAGCUGCCUUCUAGGAAGGAGGUGCCAGAGUACUACGAGUUGAUCCGCAAGCCUGUGGACUUCAGGAGGAUCAGGGUAGGCUCUGCAGACCGUCUACACUGCAUCUAUAGGCACAGCACCAACCCACCCAAAUCUUCCCACAUACCAAUUCAGCUCAGCACCAGCCCUCAGCCUUUCAGCCUACUGGUGGCUCACCACUAACCCACCAAAUCUUACCACUAACCCACCAACUGAUCAGCUCUUCCCCCAAAUCUUCCCACAUACCAACUGGACCUAGGCCUGUUAACGCAGUCAUAGAUGGCAGUGCUAGCCUUUAAUCUGUCCAACUGUCCCUCCACAACCCUGUGGUUGUCAUGAACUAAAAAAAAAAAUGCAUUUCCCAGCAUCAUCCAAGCAAACUUUUCUAACUGAUGAUGUUGGAUUCAGGUACUACACUGAUCAAAAAUCUAAACGCAACAUGUAGUGUUGGUUUCAUGAGCUGAAAUAAAAUAUCCCAGAAAGUUUCCAUACACACAAAAAGCUUAUUUCUCUCAAAUUUGGUGCACAAAUGUGUUUAUAUCCCUAUUAGUGAGAAGUUCUCCUUUGGCAAGAUCAUCCAUCCACCUGACAGGAGUGGCAUAUCAAGAAGCUGAUUAAACAGCAUGAUCAUUACACAGGUGCACCUUGUGCUGGGGACAAUAAAAGGCCACUCUAAAAUGUACAGUUUUGUCACACAACACAAUGCCACAGAUGUCUCAAGUUUUGAGGGAGCGUGCAAUUGGCAUGCUGACUGCAGGAAUGUCCACCAGAGCUGUUGCUAGAGAAAUGAAUGUUAAUUUCUCUACCAUAAGCUGCCUCCAACCGGCCUCACAACCGCAGACCACGUGUAUGGCGUUCUGUGGGCGAGUGGUUUGCUGAUGUCAACGUCAUGAACAGAAUGCCCCAUGGUUGCAGUGGGGUUAUGGUAUGGGCAGGCAUAAGCUACAGACAACGAGCACAAUUGCACUUUAUCGAUGACAAUUUGAAUGCAGAGAGAUACCGUGAUGGGAUUCUGAGGCCCAUUGUUGUGCCAUUCAUCCGCCACCAUCACCUCAUGUUUCAGCAUGAUAAUGCACGGCCCCAUGUUGCAAGGAUCUGUACACAAUUCCUGGAAGCUGAAAAUGUCCCAGUUCUUCCAUGGCCUGCAUACUCACCAGACAUGUCACCCAUUGAGCAUGUUUGGGAUGCUCUGGAUCGACGUGUACAACAGCAUGCUCCAGUUCCCGCCAAUAUCCAGCAACUUCGCACAGCCACUGAAGAAGAGAGGGACACCAUUCCACAGGCCACAAUCAACAGCUUGAUCAACUCUAUGCGAAGGAGAUGUGUCGCGCUGCAUGAGGCAAAUGGUGGUCACACCAGAUACUGACUGGUUUUCUAAUCCACUCCCCUACCUUUUUUAAAGGUAUCUGUAACCAAUAGAUGCAUAUCUGUAUUACCAGUCAUGUAAAAUCCAUAGAUUAGGGCCUAAUGAAUUUAUUUCAAUUGAUUGAUUACCUUAUAUGAACUGUAACUCAGUAACAUCUUUGAAAUUGUUGCAUGUUGCAUUCAUAUUUUUGUUCAGUAUAAUAUGCACUGUAUUUAUGUACAUGUUUUCUGACCAUGUGCGGUUAUUUUGUAGGAGCGUGUGCGCAAUCACAAGUACCGGAGUGUGGGAGAUCUGGAGAAGGACAUUAUACUGCUGUGUCACAACGCCCAGACCUUCAACCUGGAGGGAUCUCAGGUGUGCCUCAGGGAUGUGAUCUAGGCCCGCUGGAGUUCACACCACUGCCUACCGUUUCUACAUGAAAUCCACAUGCCAUGAUGCCACCAGCUCUUGAUUGUGAGAGGCUAAUUCGGUGGCUAAUUUGGUUUAUGUUAUGUGUGUGUUUGCUAUAGAUAUUUGAGGACUCGAUCGUUCUCAAGUCUGUGUUUGAGAGUGCACGACAGAGGAUCGUCAUUGACAAUGAGGAGAAAAAGGACAGCACUGCCAUCUGUGACGAUGAUGGAGGUGGAGACAAUCAGUUUGUUUCAUCAGAAGGUGAGAGACCCGGUCUUUGUGAUCUCAAAAUAAACUGUUCGAAGGACACCUUUUAAAAACCCAAUAGGAAAAUCAAGAUGACGCAGUUCAGUUAACAAUGAGAAGAUCAUUUUCACUUUUACUCACCCAAACCAUUGUGAGUCUUAUCAAGCGUUAUAAUUAUUUAGAUUUUGAAUAGCUUGAAAGGAUUUAUUUUCUCAAAGAUCAAUGACAGGACAAAUUAUUAUCUGGUUGUCAUUAUAAAAAGGAUAUACUAUAUUCUGUUCCUUUCUCAAUCCUUUCUUUUCAGUGAAAACAGUGACAAAGCAGGUGAAACAGAGGAUGAAGAAGGAGGAGAGGAGCAGAAAGAUGAAGAUCAAGAAGACAGUCUACAGUGAUGUAGACAGCAAUGAGGAUCUGGAGGACAAUACAGCUAAAGAUGAGGGUUGACCUGGAGGACCAACGCUAGUUCAUUUACCCUCCUUAUCCUCUUUCUUUCUCUCCGCUGUCACUGUUUUUGCAAUGCAGCUUAUUAGUUUGCUCACCUUGCUAAAGGUUUGUCUCAUCUCAAGUCAAGAAGGCUACUCAAAGAAAGGAAUUUACGUACUUAAUGAUGUUGGUCCUCAAGUAAUUCAUGCAGCCUUAAACGUUCAUGUCUCUUGACUAUUAUUUUGCCUUUUUGUUCUUUGGGAUUUAAUGGUGUUGCUCCCUUGGUCCUCAUAUGAAAGCUAUUGUGUGUAUCCUUAAUGUGUAACCAGAGGAUAUCUCCCCCCUCUUUUUCCAUGAGUUGUUUUUGUAUUUGAAAAUGUUAUUACUGUGUGUGUGUGAAAGGCCUUCAUACGUCUUGGAGCAUGAUGUAUUUCUGCUAAGACGGAGACCGCCCUCAGAGAGUGGCGCAUGUUGAUGACAUCACUAUAUGUUGUGUUACAGGUGUGGGAGAUGGCAGAAAAUGGUUGGUCAGUUCUUCAAUGUGACCAGGAUGGACACUACUGGAUUGUUUCAAAUCUCAAAAUGUGUGGAUUUAAAAUGAAGUAUGAUUCUGUAAUAAAUCUCAAAAUGGGAGAAUUGUAUUUGAACAAUAUUCUGUUUUCUGAAUGACCUGAACACCAACAUUGAUUUCAUACUUAAUUAGCAGAUAUAAACAGAUAAAGUUGUAUUGUUUCAGCUGUAAGUUUUAUAUUGUAUACUCAUGGGCUUCUUGUGUUAUUUUGCAUCUUUUUCAGUUUGGUUUAGAGUGGCAACUGUCAAGUCCCAGGUGACAAACAAGGAGAAAAGAGAGAUCUUCCAGCAGGAGACC